CAAAAGUGUUACUGCGGUAAUUCAAACAUCACUCACAGCUACUAAAGUUGGGUUUAUUAUCAAGCGUCAUAAGACGAAAGGUGUGGAACGGUAAAGAUCACUGAAUAAUUCGCAACAAUUUUUCAGUAGCUUAUCAUGACCGGCGCAAAAGAGACUUUUCAAAUCUUUAUUGCUCUCCCAUCAGGUGACAUAUGCACAGUCAAAAGAUUAUCACGCGAAAUGUUCGUGUAUCAACUGAAAUCAAGAGUCGAGCUAAAAGCUGGCAUUCCAGCAAACAUUUUUUCUUUGUUUUUUAUGAAUGUACAACUACGCGAUCAGGAUACUUUGAAAACAUACCACCUUAAACGUGGCUGUAUUGUCAGAGUCAAACUUGAACAGAACUACCAUGGCCUGUUUGAAGCGUGUUGGCGUGGAGAUAUUUACGAUGUUUUCGAGAAUGGUGUUCAAUUUCUGGACGAAGACAAAUUUCAAGGCUACAACAUAUCUCUUUGGAACAAAUUGGUUAUCCAACGCGCGACGCUCGCUUUGUUUAUCGCCUGCCACCGUGGUUACCUCGGUCUUAUAUUAGAACUUAUCAACCGCGGAGCCACAGAUAUUAACGGUAAAACCAUUUUUGGACGAAGCGCGUUACACGUUGCGGCUUACCAAGGCUUUGUAGGCUGCGUAUCUCUACUGCUGAGCGAAGGCGCCAUUUGUAAUCAAACAGACGUCGAGGGCAAAACGCCCCUGGCCUUGGCGAGUGAGAAUGGUCAUAUAUAUUGCGAAAGAAGACUUUGGCUCUAUCAGUGGAACCUACAAACAUUUCGCCCGCAGUCCACGAGAAGCUUGAAUGGAGAAUCAAAUGAACUAGUCGAGAAUACAGGAAGAAAUUGGAAGUCCUCACCACGCUCCACCAGGUCACCACCCAAUGGAAAAACGCGUGAUCAGCUUGAUGAAAACAAUAACAAGGAAGGACUAGAUAUGUCACCCACUCUCACCCUUCCGAGCGUGACUGUUAACGAAGAAAAGACGAACAUCCGUCGGACGCAGAGUCACGAGCCGCGCCGAACAAAUCAGCCUUCUUUUCCCUUGAUGCAAAUCGCUGAGAAAUACCGAAAAGAGCUUCGGGACUUAAACAAAGGAGGUGGUCUUUUGCCUGUGCAUUUGCAAAAAGAAUCCGAAGAAGACGUGAAAAAAGAAGCACCGGAACUAGAGACACCAGAGUUAGAGGACAUCUCGAAAGAUGAAGUGGACCUUGUGAGAGAAGCGAACAACAAGGAUGACUUGGAAACAGCAGUAGACCGAGGCUUAAGGAUUACGGAAACCAGUGCUGCUUCAUCUACGGAAGAGAAGCAAGAUGAUUUUACAGAAAUUAACUGUGACGCUCCAGCGGAGGCUGAACCACGCGACUUCGAGAGACCCUCUUCAGGAAGAUCGAAUGGAAUCCGCAAACUUGACAUUCUGAUGACCGAGUCGCGUGAAAAAAUGAAAAGCGAGUGGACCACCCGUGGACAGGAUGUGGGUAGUUCUGCAGAAUACCAAGAGACCGAACACGAAAAUAGCAUUCUUCAGGAAUAUUCAAUAAGAAAAUCUGCCCGAACUUUUGACGACUGGCUUCAAAUGAAACGAUCUCAGGAGAAAAAGAGGCCUGGCACUGCGCCUGCGCAGAAAAGUAGGCUUGGAAAGAGUAUCGACCCUGAAUCGUUUAAGAGGUGGUUGAACAGCAAACGUUCGCAGCGCUACCACACAAAUUCCGAAUCCUCAGCAUCAAACAAAAAGACAUUUAUCAGUUCUAGUGGUCUGACGUUUGAUCGCUGGCUUGAAACAAAGUUAGGAAGAAGACCCAUGAGUGCUAUAACCUGCGAAGCGGAUUCACGUGAUAAAAACGCGCCAGGAGCAGGAAACAAAGUGCGCAAACAAAUCACUUCUGGAAAAUCGUACGAACUCUGGUUGGCAGAGAAAAAAGCCACCACCAAUAACAGUAAAGAUGCGGAAAAUAACAGCGAUGGAAUCAAGAAUACUCCAAAAGGGAGUGGAAAAUCCUUUGAGGUAUGGCUUCAGGACAAACAAAAGCAAAAACAAAUUGAGUUAGUCCAGAAAGUUACCACAGAAAAAGAACAGAAAAGACUGGAGGAGAUAGAUCAGUUGGCGAAAUGGCUAAACCCACAUUACAAGACUUACGAGGAUUGGCUUGCAAUCAAGAACCACCAAGCUGUCCUAGAGAGACAGCGGGCUGAACACGAACCACAAAGAGAACAUGAGGAUGUCUCUUCAGAGGAAAAACAGAAAGAUGCCAAAAUUGUUUACAACAUCUGGCAAACGAUGAAAGCUCUUAAAGAACUUAAUGAAGAAGAAAGAAAAUACAGCGAGAUGAAAGCAAAGUGGGCUGCAAAGGAAAAGGAGAAAAAACAUUUAAGUAGGGCUCAAUAUCUAAAACAAGGGAACAAGAUGCAGCUUGAAACCGGCCUCGGCAAAAAUUUAACUAUGAACAGGUAGCACAUACAGAUGCUAUUCUUUCUUAUGUUCUUUUAAAGAGCUAGAGUUGAGCUUACUCUUCACUUCUGGGUGCAAUUCACAAGUUAAUGGUAAAAGAUAUUGA